AUGUCCGUGCAGGCUGCGCUCGCGAACCUCCCUGCUCCUCUUAAAGAUCUCGUUACCGCCGCCGUCCAGGACGGCAGCGAAGACUUCGGCAAGUCCGAGAAGGACAGGGCGGAGGUUGAGGAAUGGAUUAUCUCCGUCGCGAAAGGGACCGCGCACGACAAGAGUUGA